ACUUCAAAAAUAAAAAUUGUCAAGUGGAAAUCGCAAUCACCAAAUGACUUGGUUAAUAAAAAGAUAACAUUAAACACAGACUUAUAUCCUCCUUCAUAAACAUUCCAUCACAAUAGAAUUAUAUUAAGCUAACCAUGGAGGAUAUGGCACGUUUAGCGCUGGUUGAGCAGAGCGUCAAAGAUGAAAAUCAAUAUAGAAAAAUACUCUUCGAUCUUUUGGACCACAUAAGCAAUAUUUUAGAUAAUCCCCACGAUUACGAUUUGAGAACUAUUAAGAGUGAUAUCCUAGAAAAAGUGUUAGACUGUGAGGCCUUCGCCGACUACCUGAAAUACAUUGGAUUUCAAAUGGGACAAAAAGAAAUUAUGUUUCCCAGAGAACAAACUUUAAGUAAAUUGAGAAUAGCACAAGCUGCUCUGGAAAGAAAAAUAGGUUUUUGUUGUGGCAAUCUUAACAAGACUGUUACUGUAACAGAUAACAAGAAGACCAGUAAACCAAAACUUACAGAAGCCAAUGUAUUGGUAACCAAUAAUUCAUUUUUAUUAAGAAUCCAGUCACUUUUCAAUGACAUGAUAAGGUAUGAGGAUGAAGAGCUCCAACAGAGAGCCAGGGAACACAUCCCACUUGUGACGCUGCAGCUCAUGGCACUGGACAGGAUGAGGGAGCAUCAGAAGAAAAUUAAAAUGGGUGAGAUCAAAGAUCAAGACAUGUCUUUCGACAUGGCCUUGUUAAUGGAACUGAUUGUGUGGUUCAAAAACAAGUUCUUCACAUGGGUCGAUCAACCAGCCUGUGACAAGUGUGGCCGAGCUACCUCGUUAGUCAGUGUUAGCUCCGUCAAGACUGACUUAGAAACUUGUAGAGCUGAGCUAUAUAAAUGCUCGUGCGGCCGCGACGUGCUCUUCCCGAGGUACAACAAUCCCAUCACCUUACUGAGAACGAGACGCGGCCGCUGCGGGGAGUGGGCUAACUGCUUCACGUUGAUGUGUCGUGCGCUCGGAUACGACACAAGAUACGUGUACGACACGACCGAUCACGUGUGGUGCGAGGUGUUCGACCAGGACUCCCAGCGCUGGUUGCACGUGGACCCCUGCGAGGGGUGUCUGAACGCUCCCCUGAUGUACGAGCACGGUUGGGGGAAGUCCCUCACAUACAUCAUAGCGGUCUCACGAGAUGACCUCCAGGACGUAACGUGGAGAUAUUCCAGCCACCAUAAAGCGCUGCUGCAGCGUCGCGAUGAAGUGUCCGAAGCGGACCUGGUGCUAGCAAUCCUGGCUCUCCGUGAUCAUCGUCACGACCAGGUGAGUCCGGCCAGAAGGAGGUACCUCGUCAUCAGGACAUUGAAGGAACUUGUGGAAUUGAUGGUGGAGAGGAAACCCGGCGAAAUGGAAUCCCACGGCCGGAUAUCCGGUUCGAAGGCGUGGCGGAUGGAGCGCGGUGAGACGGGAGCGAGGAAACACGCGUUCAUACUAACAGAACCCGGCGACCAUUGUGUACAAUACCGCACCAGCUCAGAUACAUAUAGAGUACUACUGAAUAACGUACAACGAGACGAGAUAAAGAGCUGGAGGGGGGGAGUGUUCCACAGCGAGAACAUGUUCAGGAAGUUGGAGACGGACUGGCAGCAGACCUACCUCGCCAGGGAGGAGGGAGAAAACACCGGCAGUAUAUCGUGGAAGCUGAUGGUGGAAGGAGACUUGAUGAUAUCGAGCGUAGCGAUGGACGUCACCACCGCUCAGUACGAGGAUGGCAGGAUAGAGUGGACCUACGAGGUGGACCACCAGCCCCCGAGGACCUUCAGCUUGAACGCGGGUCGGUGGCAGAUAGACGGUAGGUGGUCAUCGUGUGAGGUGAGAGCUCGUCUGGUCGGGGGGAAGGGGGUGGUAGCCUGGCAACACGCGCAGAUCGCCCGACAGCACGCCUCCGACGACAAACCAGCGCUCAGCCUGCUAGCCACCGUCGUGCCACGGUGACUCACACGCCUCCCACGUACAACAAUCGACACGAAUGAUAAUUACAAUUUAAUUUAACAACAAAAUAAACUGUAUAUACAUGAAAUAUGUUUAUUAAAUACGUUAUGUUGCCAUGUA